AUGCCGUUGCCACUCAUCACCGCAAUCGCCCUCACCGCGUCCGGCGAAGCAGCCGUCCCCGAGGAUGAGUACGCGGCGCUGCCCGAGUGGACCGCGAAGCUCUCGCCCUUUGCAAGCCGCUUUGCAGGCAAGAAGGUGCUCGUCACCGGCGGCUCCAGUGGAAUCGGCUUGGCGGCAGCGCUCGGCUUCCGCAACGAGUGUGCGGACGUCGUGAUCGCCGGCUCGAGCUCCGCCAAAGCGCAGCGCACGGCGGAUGCGCUGCGCUCGCAGACCCCUUCGGCCUGUCCGGGCGUGGCAGUGCACGCGGUCGCCGGCAAUCUGGCCAACGAGACGCAGGCACUGGGCGUGGUGGCAGAGGCGAUCCGCUUGCUGGGCGGGCUCGACGUCGCUGUCAACGCCGCGGGCAUGGCGGGAAUGCUCUACUCGAUGCACGCCGAGAUCAAGCACUGGGUCGACACGGGCAAGCGCGGCUCGGUGGUCAACGUGGGCUCGCUGUGCGGCGAGCACGCGGGCGUAUGCGGCACCAUGUACACCGCCUCCAAGUUUGCGACGCAGGGCUUCUCCAAGCAGGCCGCGGUCAAGUAUGCGCCGCGAGGCAUCCGAGUCAACGCGGUAGACCGCGCCAUCCCGCUCGGCUCCAUCGCCGAGCCGUGGGAGAUGGCGGGCCCGAUCCUCUUCCUCAGCGACAACGGGCGUGCCUCCUACGUCACCGGCGCCACCCUCUCGGCCGACGGCGCCCUCACGCAGGCGCGCGCGCCCUCGCGGACGCGGGGCGUUGGGCGGGCGGCGGUGGGUGCCUUCAACUCGGAGGUGGCGGCCAUCGAGGGCGGCAUCAAGGCGCCCCCGCCGACAACGAAGAGCGAGCUCUGA